AUGUUGUCUGGACUUGCCACUAAAGUUGGAUCCUCCAGAAUUGGUUCUGUUCUUGAGAUCCUAUCAGAUGCUUUGGAGAGUCUGAACAACAUAGAAGUGUUGGUGAAUUGCUUGUAUUUUGGGGAAAUUUACUUUCUACAUCUCAUGGAAGCUGUAUUUGAAGAGGAGUAUGCUGCCUUUGAGAAUAAAGUGAAACGUAGCGUCUAUAUUGACAAUCUUUCACCUUUGGUUAAGGAGUCUGUUAUCAAAGCUGCACUUGAUCAGUUCGGAAAUGUCAUUCAGGCUGCUUUAGUUGAGAUGCAGAAUGCAGAUGAGGCAAGAACAAUCAUCUCUGAGAUACGAAAUUCCCCUUUCAUGAUCUCGGGCAUGCCAAGACCUGUUAGGGCACGUCCUGCUGUAGUUGAGAUGCUUGAUGAUCGCCCAAGGAAACCUGAUAGGACGAUAAUGUGCUACUGGUUGAAAUCCAAUGAACCUGAUUUUGAAGUGGCCACAAAGAUGAAGCGUACAGUUAGGAAACAUGCAAAAGAAGCCAAUUUCUUGCUCAAGCGUCAAUUGGAGGAGGAAGAACAACUAGCUAAAGAGCAGUGAGAGUCCUUGAACGCAAUCUACAAUAAGUAUGAACUCGUUCAACAUGUCUUUAACAGUGGAACUGCUACGCGAUUGGCAAAGCGUUAUAAAAUGCGUACUGAUGUUCGCCAGUAAUCAACAUUCUCAUCCAUAAACUUGUAGAGAUAUAAAGGUUCAACUGUUAAACCAAAUGACAUUUUUUGCCUUUUGUAAAGUACUUCAUUUCCAGGCAGUAGAAGAGGCAUUUUAUGUGCUAUCAUUCAUGUGCUCUUGAAUUGUAAUUAUUAGCCUAAAAUGUUCUACUUUACAAGAUGUCUUGUGACCCUGCAGUCAAUUAACCUUUACUUUUUUGA